AAGUUAAUUCAGUAAUUCAUUAUUAUAAAAGAAUUAAUAAAUAAAAUUACAUAAUUUUGUAUUGUAUAAGUUGUAAAUUGUACAUAUUUUCUCGAUAAUACCUUCUAUAAAUAAUUAACAAGGUUAAAUGUUAUGUUCUUCUUCUAAAUAUAUUUAUUAAAAUCAGUGCAAAUAAACUAUAUAGAAAAUUUGAUCUGGUUGCUUCAUUUCAUACAUAGGUAUAUUGAUAAUAAUUAUAAUUUGUGUACCCUAUUGUGACAUUAUGUGACGUUUUUUUUUUAUUAAAAACCUGUAAAUCUUUAUAAAUGGGUUUUAUUACUGGGAAGCAAAAUCUAUCAACAGCAGUUGACGAAACCUUUGGAAAAACUCAAAAUGUUUUCCAAGUGUUUUCAGCACUUAUUUUGCGAGGCGGAUUUAUUCUAAUACAACUGGGAAGUAUUCCAACCGAGGACAUUUCGACAAUUUUGAUGCAAAAUGUGGUUGAUGUAGCAGUUUCACUCUUGUCGUUUAUUAGUAUUGGAUUCAUUUUUGCUUUCGGAGAUAAAAGUAAAACUGGUGUUGUUGGUUACGGAUCUUGGAUUUCUCUUCGGACAAAACAGGCACAAAGGGCAGCGAUAUUGGGUUGUACCGCCAGUUUAAUCGGUUCUUCGGUAAAAACUACCUUGUUAUCGGCCCGUUUACAUUUUGUGGCGUAUUUACUGUCUUCGUUUCUUUAUUCGGGAUUUUGUCAGCCGUUUAUAAUGCACUGGCUUUGGCAUGAGAAAGGUUGGAUGCGAAAAAUACCAUUUUUGAACCACAGCGGUUAUCUACGAGAUCACGGAGGAAACUUAACCGUUCACACGUCCUCUUCAUUGUCAGGAUUAGUAGGAUCUAUUUUCCUUGGACGAAGAUUACUCCGACUAAAGGAACUUGAUCCAUCUUCCAUAGGAACUGAGUCAUCAGGGAUUUCAUUACUGGGAUAUUUCUUAAUUGCGUCCGGUCUUAUUACUUUUAAUGUUUUUAACGCUGUUAAUGGCGAAUCCGUGGCCAUAUUGAUCAACGAUCUGAUAGCAGUUGGAACUGGGCUUUUAGCAGUAGCAUUUGUGGAAUAUGUAAAAUCAAGAGCUGGUUUUAAUCACUGGGUUAUACUGAGGUGUUCCCAAGGAGCUGUUGCAAGUCUUGUUAUCAUCGGGAAUGGUAUCGACGUGUACAGUCCGUUAGUUACCUUCUUUGUGGCAUUUCUUGGUGCCAUAACGUAUUAUUUUUGCGCGCUUUUUGUAUACAAAAGUUCUUUAGAAGAUUAUUGUAACAUAGUAUCGACUCAUCUGCUGACAGGAAUUUUGGGUUUUCUGUUGCCGCCGUUGGUUAGCAAGAACUCGAGAUGGGGCAAUGCAACAAGUGUAGAACAAAGAUGUAUCCAUUUUAUUUGGCAUGCCCUUUUCGUCAUGGUUGUAAUGGUGUUUACAGUUUCAUUGUUCACAACGUUGUUUCUUACGUUAAAUUCGAUUGGUCUUCUAAGGAAUAAACUUGAGACGAUUAGCCACGAACGAAGCGAAUAUGCUGCCGAUCGAACGCGGGUUAAAUGUUGUUUGAGGAGAUUGUUUGCGAAAAACGAUUUUUACAUUGCACCUGGACAUUCCCGAAGGAACUUAUCCCUUUCGAAAAAUAUUUGCCUCCACGAAGGGGACUCUGUUGUGCAAGGAAAAAGUUUUUUUCGUGAUACGGCUCCAGAAUCUCUUAACGUUAUGGCUACUGGUAGUUAAUGAAUUCGAAAUUAUUAUACAGGUAGUUAUAAUUUUGUAAGAUGAAUAAAACUUUAUCAAAGGCAACGAGAUAGUGCAAUUAAUCUAUAUAUUU